CAUGGCUUCAAAAAUUUCACCAUUAAAAAUUGCAUUUGCAUGUGCAGUUCUCUUUCUAUUAUCAGCAAACAAAUAUGCACGUGGAUGCUACAAAUCCAUAAUCAGUUUUGGUGAUUCACUUGCUGAUACUGGAAAUUUGCUUUAUUUAGAAUCAACUUCGUCCAACAAGAAGCCAAGAUGUGGGUUCCUUCCUUACGGAGAAACUUUUUUUCAUCAUCCCACCGGUCGAUUCUCUGACGGCCGUCUUAUCAUCGAUUUCAUUGCUCAAGAUAUGGGGCUUCCAUUUGUGCCGCCAUUCCACGGCGAAGGAAAUGUAAACAGAAGGAAUUAUCGGGAAGGUGUGAAUUUUGCAGUGGGCGGAAGUACAGCUCUGGAGGACUCAUUUUUUGCAAAAAUAGGAGUCAAAAUUCCUUAUGCAAAUGUCUCUCUGGCGGCUCAGAUGAGUUGGUUCAAAGAGUUUUUGUCUACAAUUUGCCAUGAACCCUCAAAUUGUAAAAAAUUUCUUCAGACCUCACUAGUUCUCAUGGGAGAAAUAGGAGGUAACGAUUAUAAUCAUGCAUUAUUGGGAGGGAAAGCCGAAGAAGAAGUUGGAUCAUUUAUCCCUCGGGUCGUCAAAACAAUCGGUUUAACAAUUGAAGAAUUGAUUAAAGUUGGAGCCACUACACUAAUGGUGCCUGGGAACUUUCCAAUUGGAUGUUUGGCGUAUUAUCUUACUUAUUUUGAACGUUACAAGGAAAAAUAUAUUCGAGAUCCGAAUACAGGAUGUAUUAGUCAGCUAAAUAUAUUCUCUGAGUACCAUAAUAGUCUACUCCAAAUGGAGCUGGAGCGCAUUCGACAGAUUCACACUCAUACUACCAUUAUCUAUGUGGAUUAUUACAAUGCUACAAUGUCCAUUUAUCUCUCCCCCGACAAAUAUGGAUUUACGAAAGGGACUCUUACUGCAUGCUGUGGAGGGAAAGGACCUUUCAAUGUCAGCUUGACCGUGCAUUGUGGAGAUUUAGGAUCAACCACUUGUGAAGACCCAUCUAAAUAUGUGAAUUGGGAUGGUUUACAUUUAACAGAAGCAGCCUACAAAUGGAUAGCCAGAGGUUUCCUGGAAGGACCCUACACUAGUCCGCAGCUAAUAACUGCUAAAUGUGCUUCUAGCUUUAAGAGUCGUGGAUUUAGAUUAAGUAAGAUUAUGGGUCUAAUUGGAAAAUAAUUCAUCCUCCUUGUGUAAAUUAAUCGAAGGUCUAUAUUUCCCAUUGUAGUUUAAUGCAAAAGUCAAGUCUUAUAGUAUGGGAUCCUA